AUGUCUGAGAUGUUAUUAUCUUUCAAUAUUUUUUGUAUUUUUUUAUGUACGUGGUCUUUUGUGGUUACUUCUAAAGUUAACAAUAUAAAUCGUCCAACAGUAGGUAUAAUUCGUUGGGAUGCUUGGAAUUUAAUCAAUGGACAAUAUGAUGCAAUAUCAUAUUAUUUUCAUCGAGCGAUGAGUCCAGAACAUUUUCAUUAUCGUUUACCAUUUUUUGCUAAAGUUAAUUCAGAUACAAAUGUUACUAUCAAUGGUGAUAUGCAAGAAAUAAUGGAUCAAGAAAUUGUGUAUGCAAGAUAUGCUGGUUUUGAUUAUUGGGCUUUUGAUACUUAUUGUGCAUUUGGAUCAAAUUGUACAACUAAUUCAGUAUAUUGUACUCAAUAUUAUAAUCAAACUGCUAAUCGAUAUUGCCCACAAAAUCCAGCUUAUGGAUUAUAUCGAUAUUUAUCAAGCAAAUAUAUUUCAUUCUAUUAA